UACAGACUUCACGAUGGAUAUGGGGUGUGUUUUCUUAACUAUCAUCCUUCUUCUGACUAACCAAGUACAGUUAUUUGAGACAGCCGCCUGCGGGUAUCCAGGCUCCCCUGCACACUCCACUAUCCGAUUCAACACGGAGGUGAUUGCACCGGGGACUACGGCUAAAUACACCUGCGACCAGGGCUUCGAGUUGCUCGGGCAGCCGCGACGAACCUGCGGCAACAACGGUACGUGGACGCCCACUGGUAUCCCCUUUUGUGUUCUCAACGUGGCUGCCGGUAAAGCACCAAUGCAGUCUUCUGUAGGUGGCAGUGGUGGACCAGAAAAAGCUGUUGAUGGAAGCACAAGUCCUUUAUUUAAUGUUCGCACAUGCACCAUGACAAAAGCCGAGAAGGAAAGAGCACCCUGGUGGUAUGUCAACUUACUGGAAACGUAUACGAUUCAGUUAGUGCGAGUUGAUUUUGGAAUGACUUGUUGCUCAAAUGGACGAGAAGCAACGAUUGUGGUUCGAGUCGGUAACAAUCGACCUGAUCUUGGUGUGAAUCCUAUUUGUAACAGAUUUACGGGAUCCAUUGAGGAGGGACGACCACUGUACCUGCCUUGUGUCACAUCCGUGCCAGGUGCCUUUGUAAGUGUUCAUCUGGAGAAACCACGAGGUCAGCCAUUGUCGAUCUGCGAAAUUUUUGUGUACUCAGAUACAGCACUCCCUAUUGAGAGAUGUCCGUCGUUGAGGGACCAGCCACUAGGAGGCACUUCUACGUACGGUGGAAAGUGUUAUAUUUUCUAUGAUAAUCAACCAAAGACUUUUGAACAAGCACGUGAGUUCUGCGAUGUCCGCGGAGGAACAUUGGUAGACGAGACAAGUCCAGCACUGCAAGGGUUUUUGAGUUGGGAGCUGUAUCGUCGGCACAGAAGUCGCUCCGCAAGUCAGUAUUGGAUGGGUGCCAUUCGAGACCCACGAAACCCCAACAACUGGAAGUGGGUUAAUGGUCGGGACGUAACUGUAUCUUUCUGGAAUCAACCAGGAACCAACCAGAAUUGCUCAGCAUUUGAUGGAAGUAAAGGCUGGCUUUGGACUGAUGUAGAUUGUAAUCUGAUCUUGAACUUUAUCUGCCAACAUAGACCCCAGACUUGUGGUCACCCCGAGAGACCACCCAACUCCACACUGAGUGUGAAGAAUUUCAAGGUGGGAUCUGUGGUGGAGUAUAUGUGCGAUCCAGGCCACCUGUUGGUGGGACCUAACACUAGAACCUGUCUUGGCAGUAGCUUUUAUAGCCAGUUUCCACCAAGUUGUCGAU